ACCUCUUGGCCCUCUGCUAUAGGCUCUGCGCGUGCGUUACACGUAUGCGGCGCGUGUGUAGCUGGACAGUAGUGAUUGUCAUACCGGCUCCAUCAGGGGGCGCUGUGCUGAGCGCUGUAUACUCUACAUAGAGUCCUAUUCCCUGCGGUCAUCCGGGGUGUGAGCAGGCGCGUCCAUUCACAGCAGCUGGUGCCGGGGACUGCAGUGUAUCCCAGGAGAAGCAUGCUUAUUCCAGAGCUGAGCAAAGACACAGUCCGCAUGAGGGACCCAGAAAAAGUCCGAGAGGUGAUCCUGGCUUUACAAAAUGGAGGCGAUAAGAAAUUACAGGUGAUCUCUGAUUUUGACAUGACACUAAGCCGCUUCCGGUAUAAUGGAGAGAGGAGUCCAACUUGCUAUAAUAUUAUCGACAACAGCAAGAUGAUAAGUGAGGACUGCAGGAAGAAGUUGAAAGAUCUCUUUAACAUCUACUAUCCUCUUGAAAUCGACCCAAAUCGGACCAGUCAAGAAAAGUACCCUCUCAUGGUGGAAUGGUGGAGUAAAGCUCACACUCUGCUCUGCGGACAGAGAAUUGAGAAGCAGAUGUUGUCACAAGUCGUGAAAGAGUCACAGGCUAGACUAAGGGAUGGGUUUGAAAAUUUUUUCAACGCCUUGCACCAAAGUGAGAUCCCUCUCUUUAUCUUCUCUGCUGGGAUUGGGGAUGUUCUGGAGGAGAUUAUUCGCCAGGCUGGGGUGUAUCACUCCAAUAUUAAGGUGGUCUCCAACUACAUGGAUUUUGAUGAUAAUGGUAUCAUAACAGGAUUUAAGGGGGAAAUAAUUCACACGUACAACAAGAAUAACACUGUCCUGAGAGACACGGAGUACUUCCAGCAGAUCAGCCACCGCAGUAACAUCAUCCUCCUCGGAGAUACUUUGGGCGACCUCACAAUGUCUGAAGGAGUCGCCACUGUGGAGAACAUUCUUCGGAUCGGCUUCCUCAAUGACAAGGUUGAGGAGCUGACGGAUCAGUUUUUACAAGCCUACGACAUCGUCCUGGUCAGAGACGAGACCCUGGAUGUAGUGAACGGUAUUCUCAACUUCAUAACUUCCAAGAACUGAUCACCUCAACACAAGAACUGUUCUCAGUAUUAUAAAUCCUCAAGCCGGUACGGGUUCCCUCCCGUUUCUGUCCAAGGAGGCCAUUGAUUUUAUUCAGUCAUGUUCCCAAAACUCUUCUAAAAUAUUCAGUACUAAGCGGGGGAUGGGGGGGGCGCGCGUCUCUACUGGGAAUAUCGCAGUACAAAAUGUUUGCUUGUUUCGUACAUUGUACCUAGUGCUCGGAGAAGGCGGACCCUGCACCAGUGUUCCGAUGAACACCUUCAGGAGUAUUACAGGGAGGGGACACAUUUAAAGGGGUACUCCGCCCCUAGACAUCUUAUCCUCUAUCCAAAGGAUAAGGGAUAAGAUGUCUGAUCGCGGCAAUACACCUGCUGCACCCGGCGUGCGUUUAGAGCGUCGGGUUCAGCGCCGGAUGCCCGUGACGUCACAGCCACGCCCCUUCAAUGCAAUUCUAUGGGAGGGGGCGUGGCUGCCGUCACGCCCCCUCCCAUAGACUUGCAUUGAGGGGGCGUGGCCGUGAAGUCAAACAGGGCGUGGCCGUGACGUCACAAGUCUCCACCCCCGCAUCGCCAGUUAUCCGGCAAGGAGCGAAGUUCGCUCAGUGCACCGGAUGUGUGGGGUGCUGCUGCCGAGAUCAGGACCCCCCCCCGCAAUCAGACAACUUAUCCCCCUAUCCUUUGGAUAGGGGAUAAGAUGUCUAGGGAUGGAGUACCCUUUUAAGGAGGGAAGGACUGAGUGUGUCCUGUUCAAUGGACCAGUCCUAUUGUUAUCGGAGUUAAGCUGCUGCCAAAAGGAAACAAACUACAUUGCCAUCUAUGGGGACUGGCAGCAGGGACGUGCACAGACAUUUUGGAGGGCAGAUGCUCAAGUAAAAAAAAAUAAUAAUAAUUAAUAAAAAAAAAACGGGCACUUCUAAAUAAAAAAGUUUGUAAAAACCUUACAUAUGUGAACACAAUUCCUGAGGUAAGGGACCUCCGGAUGUCAUGUCGGCUGAAUAGGACCUGCCUCACCCCAUGGAGGUCCCAAUCAGUGAGGGCAUUAUAGGGCAGGGGCUCAAGCCCCCUUUUGAGUCUGUGUGUGCGCCUGUCCCCAACUUGCGUGGUCCUAGUGCCGACUGAUUCAGUCAGUGCCAGCCGCCCUAAUGUGAACCCGGCCUUAAUCUUUCCAAUGUAAUCGUGGUUGGCGUUAUGUCCAUUUAUUUCUUGCUGAUAUCAGAAAUAGAUCCCAUUAGAAGAAAAAAGGAAAACCCCUUUUACCAAAAUGUCCUACUCCCUUUUUAUUUUAAGUGGUCACUCUCAUUAAAAUUAACUUUUUCUAUUGCCCUCAUUAUGGUAAAUAUUUCUAAUAUACUUUUGUUUAAAAAAAAAUGAAGUUUUCUAUGUUUUAUUUGUGCUUAAAAAAGCUCAAGAGCACAUUUCCCCCAUCUUAUACACAGACUUAGGACUGGAGUCCAAACACAGGAAGUGCAGCCUGGAGUGCUGAGGGGGGGGGUCCAGCCUCAUCCAAUCAUAGCUCCUCUCACACUGAACUGCAAUAUGCUGUUGGUUGGACACACCCCUUCAGCACUCCAGGCUGCACUUUCUGUGUUUGGGCUCCGGUCCUAAGUCUGUGUCUGAGAUGGGGGGGGGG